CCCGUCUCGCCGCUGGCAACGGAGCUGCGUCACGGGUGUUCGGCGCUGAGCUCCUGGAGACUGCGGCUACUGCGGGCCCCAGAGCCGGCCCCGGCUCGCGGGGAGUUAGGUCGCCGGCGCGAUGAGGCGCAGCAAGGCCGACGUGGAGCGUUACAUUGCCUCGGUGCAGGGCUCCGCCCCGUCGCCGCGAGAGAAGUCAAUGAAAGGAUUCUAUUUUGCCAAGCUGUACUAUGAAGCUAAAGAAUACGAUCUUGCUAAAAAAUACAUAUCUACGUAUAUUAAUGUGCAAGAGAGGGAUCCUAAAGCUCAUAGAUUUUUGGGUCUUCUUUAUGAAGUGGAAGAAAAUACAGACAAAGCUGUCGAAUGUUAUAAGCGUUCAGUGGAAUUAAACCCAACACAAAAAGAUCUUGUGUUGAAGAUUGCGGAAUUGCUUUGUAAAAAUGAUGUUACUGAUGGAAGAGCAAAAUACUGGGUUGAAAGAGCAGCUAAGCUUUUCCCAGGAAGUCCUGCAAUUUAUAAGCUAAAGGAGCAACUUUUAGAUUGUAAAGGUGAAGAUGGAUGGAAUAAACUUUUUGACUUGAUUCAGUCAGAACUUUAUGCAAGACCUGAUGAUGUCCAUGUGAAUAUCCGACUGGUAGAGCUUUAUCGUUCAAAUAAAAGAUUAAAGGAUGCUGUGGCCCACUGCCAUGAGGCAGAGAGGAGCAUAGCUUUACGUUCAAGUUUAGAAUGGAAUUCAUGUGUUGUACAGACCCUUAAGGAAUAUCUGGAGUCUUUACAGUGCUUGGAUUCUGAUAAAAGUGACUGGAGAGCAACCAAUAAAGACUUACUUCUAGCCUAUGGUAACCUCAUGCUGCUUACACUUUCCACCAGAGAUGUACAGGAAAGUAGAGAACUCCUGGAAAGUUUUGAUAGUGCUCUUCAGUCUGUGAAAUCUUCUGUGGGUGGAAAUGAUGAAUUGUCAACUACUUUCCUAGAAAUGAAAGGACAUUUCUACUUGCACGUUGGCUCUCUGCUUUUGAAGAUGGGUCAGCAUAGUGACAUCCAGUGGCGAGCUCUCUCUGAGCUGGCUGCACUGUGCUAUCUCAUAGCAUUUCAGGUUCCAAGACCAAAGGUUAAAUUAAUAAAAGGAGAAGCUGGACAAAAUCUGCUGGAAAUGAUGGCCCAUGACCGUCUCAGCCAAUCAGGGCAUAUGUUGUUAAAUUUGAGUCGAGGCAAGCAAGACUUCUUGAAGGAGGUGGUGGAGUCUUUUGCCAAUAAGAGUGGCCAAUCUGCUCUCUAUGAUGCUCUGUUUCCUAGUCAGUCAUCUAAGGAUGGAUCUUUCCUUGGUAAUGAUGAUAUUGGAAACAUUAAUGUACAAGUACCAGAGCCCAAUGACUUGGCUAGAUAUGAUAUUGGUGCUGUUCGAGCACAUAAUGGUAGUCUUCAGCACCUCACCUGGCUUGGCCUCCAAUGGAAUUCACUGCCUACCUUACCGGCACUUCGAAAAUGGCUGAAACAACUCUUUCAUCAUUUGCCUCAGGAAACCUCAAGGCUUGAAACAAAUGCACCUGAAUCACUAUGUAUUUUAGAUCUUGAAGUAUUUUUACUUGGAGUAAUAUAUACCAGCCACUUACAAUUAAAGGAGAAGUGUAAUUCUUACCACAUUUCCUAUCAACCACUGUGUUUGCCACUUCCUGUAUGUAGGCAACUUUGUACAGACAGACAGAAAGCCUGGUGGGAUGCAGUUUGUACUCUAAUUCACAGAAAGGCAGUGCCUGGAAACUCAGCAAAACUGCGACUUCUAGUUCAGCGUGAAAUAAAUACUCUGAGGGCCCAGGAAAAACAUGGCCUUCAACCUGCUCUGCUUGUGCAUUGGGCAAAAUACCUUCAGAAAACGGGCAGCAGUCUUAAUUCUUUCUAUGAUCAACGGGAAUACAUAGGCAGAAGUGUUCAUUAUUGGAAGAAAAUUUUACCAUUGAUGAAGAUGAUCAGAAAGAAGAACAGUAUUCCUGAACCUAUUGAUCCUCUGUUUAAACAUUUUCAUAGUGUGGAUAUACAGGCUUCUGAAGUUGGUGAAUAUGAAGACGAUGCACACAUAACUUUUGCUAUAUUGGAUGUGGUUAAUGGAAAUGUAGAAGAUGCCAUGACUGCCUUUGAAUCUAUUAAAAAUGUAGUUUCUUAUUGGAAUCUUGCACUGAUUUUUCACAGGAAAGCAGAAGACAUUGAAAAUGAUGCCCUUUCGCCGGAAGAACAAGAAGAAUGCAAAAAUUAUCUGAGAAAGACCCGGGACUACCUAAUAAAGAUUUUAGAUGAUAGUGAUUCAAAUCUUUCUGUGGUCCAGAAAUUGCCUGUUCCUCUUGAGUCUGUAAAAGAGAUGCUGAACUCAGUUAUGCAGGAACUUGAAGAUCACAGUGAAGGAGGUACUCUCUAUAAAAAUGGCUGUUUGCGAAAUGCAGAUUCAGAAAUUAAACAUUCUACACCUUCUCCUACGAAAUAUUCUCUAUCACCAAGUAAAAGUUACAAGUAUUCUCCCAGAACACCACCUCGAUGGGCAGAAGAUCAAAAUUCUUUACUGAAAAUGAUCUGCCAGCAAGUAGAGGCAAUCAAGAAAGAAAUGCAGGAAUUGAAGCUAAGUAGCAAUAACUCAGCAUCCCCUCAUCGUUGGCCUACAGAAAAUUAUGGACAAGACCCAGCUCCUGAUGGAUAUCAGGGAUCACAAACUUUUCAUGGGGCUCCAUUAACAGUUGCAACUACUGGCCCUUCAGUAUAUUAUAAUCCGUCUCCAGCAUAUAAUUCUCAGUAUCUUCUCAGACCAGCAGCUAAUGUUACUCCCACAAAGGGUCCAGUUUAUGGCAUGAAUAGGCUUCCACCCCAACAGCAUAUUUAUGCCUAUCCACAACAGAUGCACACACCACCAGUGCAAAGUUCAUCUGCUUGUAUGUUCUCUCAGGAGAUGUAUGGUCCUCCCUUGCGUUUUGAAUCUCCUGCAACAGGAAUUCUGUCACCCAGGGGUGAUGAUUACUUUAAUUACAAUGUUCAACAGACAAGCACAAAUCCACCUUUGCCAGAACCAGGAUAUUUCACAAAACCUCCAGUUGUAGCUCAUGCUUCAAGGUCAGCAGAAUCCAAGGUUAUAGAAUUUGGAAAAUCUAAUUUUGUUCAGCCAAUGCCGGGUGAAGGAAUAAGGCCGCCUAUGACCACUCCAGCGCACACAACACAGCCAACUCCUUUUAAAUUUAACUCAAAUUUCAAAUCAAAUGAUGGUGACUUCACAUUUUCAUCACCACAGGUUGUGACACAGCCCCCUUCAACAGCUUAUAGUAAUAGUGAAAGUCUUUUGGGUCUCCUGACUUCAGAUAAACCUUUGCAAGGAGAUGGCUAUAGUGGGCCAAAACCAAUUUCUGGUCAAACCAUUGGGCCUCGGAAUACAUUCAAUUUUGGAAGCAAAAAUGUGUCUGGGCUCUCAUUUACAGAAAAUAUGGGCCCAAAUCAGCAGAAGAAUUCUGGUUUUCGCCGAAGUGAUGAUAUGUUUACUUUUCACGGUCCUGGAAAGUUUGUAUUUGGAACACCUGCUCCGGAGCCGGCUAAUAAAAAUCAUGAAACAGAUGGAGGAAGUGCUCAUGGGGAUGAGGAUGAUGAUGGCCCUCAUUUUGAUCCAGUUGUACCACUUCCUGACAAGAUUGAAGUAAAAACGGGUGAGGAAGAUGAAGAAGAAUUCUUCUGUAAUAGGGCAAAAUUGUUCCGUUUUGAUGGUGAAUCCAAGGAAUGGAAGGAACGUGGGAUAGGCAAUGUAAAAAUACUAAGGCAUAAAACAUCUGGUAAAAUUCGCCUUUUAAUGAGACGAGAGCAAGUGUUGAAAAUCUGUGCAAAUCAUUAUAUAAGCCCAGAUAUGAAGCUGACACCAAAUGCUGGCUCGGAUAGAUCUUUUGUUUGGCAUGCUCUUGAUUAUGCAGAUGAGUUGCCAAAACCUGAACAGCUUGCCAUUAGAUUCAAAACUCCUGAGGAAGCAGCCCUAUUUAAGUGUAAAUUUGAAGAGGCCCAGAGCAUUUUAAAAGCCUCAGGAACAAAUGUACCCACAGCACCAAAUCAUACUAUCAGGGUAAAAGAAUCAAUGAAUCAUGAUAACAAGGAUAUUUGCAAAUCUGAUGCUGGAAACUUUGCAAAGAAAGAAGGGUCUUGGUGGCAUUGUAACAGCUGCUCCUUAAAGAAUGCUGCAACUGCUAAGAAAUGUGUGUCAUGCCAAAAUCUAAACCCAAACAGUAAUAAAGAGCUCCUAGGACCACCAUUAAUUGAAAGUGGUUUUGCUCCUAAAACUAGCCCAGAAAACGCUCAAGAUAGAUUUGCUUCGAUGACUCCAAAAAAAGAAGGUCACUGGGACUGCAAUAUUUGUUUAGUAAGAAAUGAACCUACUGUAUCUAGGUGCAUUGCAUGCCAGAAUACAAAGUCUCCUAAGAAAAAUGGAUCUUCAUUUGUUCAAACUACUUUUAAAUUUGGCCAGGGAGAUCUUCCCAAGUCUGUUAACAGUGAUUUCAGAUCUGUUUUUUCUAAAAAGGAAGGCCAGUGGGAUUGCAGUAUAUGCUUGGUACAAAAUGAAGGAAGCUCUACAAAAUGUGUGGCUUGUCAGUGUCCAAGAAAACAGCCUCAACCUUCAUCUUCUGUUUCAGCAUCUGACUCUUUUCAGUUUGGUACUUCAGAUGUAACCAAAACUCCCAAGAGUGGAUUUGAGGACAUAUUUGCUAAAAAGGAAGGACAAUGGGAUUGUAGUUCAUGUUCAAUGAGAAAUGAAGGAAAUGUUACAAAAUGUGCUGCCUGUCAGAAUCCUGUGAAACCGGGUCCAUCAACUGCUGCUCCAGCAGCUGCCUCUUUUAAGUUUGGCACUUCAGAGGUGAACAAGGCUCCCCAAAGUGGAUUUGAAGGAAUGUUCACCAAGAAGGAAGGACAGUGGGAUUGUAGCUUGUGCUUAGUCCGAAAUGAAGCAAGUGCUACUCAGUGUAUUGCUUGUCAGAACCCAAAUAAACAGAGUCAACCUACACCUGCUCAUCCAGCUCCUGCCUCUUCAGAGACAAGCAAGUCUUCAAAGAAUGGAUUUGAAGGAUUGUUCACCAAAAAGGAAGGACAGUGGGAGUGUAGUGUUUGCUUUGUACAAAAUGAAAGCUCCUCCUUAAAAUGUAUAGCUUGUGAUGCCUCCAAACCAACUCCUUCAGCUUUCACAGUGGGCUCAAAAAUGCAGUUAAAUGAGUCUGCAGGAAGUCAAGCAGGAACAGGAUUUAAAAAUAACUUUCCAGAAAAAUCUUUUAAAUUUGGCAUAACAGAACAAGGAUUUAAAUUUGGGCAUGUGGAACAGGAAAAUGUGCCUUCAUUUACAUUUCAAGGUUCUUCUACAGAUUUUAAGUCAAUUAAAGAAGGAUUUAAUUUUUCCAUCCCUGUGUCUCCUGGUGGGCUUAAAUUUGGCAUUCAGGAACAGGGAAAUCAAGAAAAAAAGAGUGAAAAGCGUCUUGAAAAUGAUAAUAGUUUGCAGGCUCAGGAUGUUGGCAGUCAGAAGAAUAUUAGUGGUGUGAUCUUUGGUCAGACAAGUAGCACUUUCACGUUUGCAGAUCUUGCAAAGUCAACUUCGGGAGAAGGAUUUCAAUUUGGCAAGAAAGACCCUAAUUUCAAGGGAUUUUCAGGUGCAGGAGAAAAAUUGUUCUCAUCACAAAGUAGCAGAAUGACCGAGAAAGCAAAUACUUCUGCUGAUUCUGAGAAAGAUGAUGAUGCCUAUAAAACUGAGGACAUUGAUGACAUCCAUUUUGAGCCAGUAGUGCAAAUGCCUGAAAAAGUGGAACUUGUAACAGGAGAAGAAGAUGAAAAAGUUUUGUAUUCACAGCGGGUGAAAUUAUUUAGAUUUGAUGCUGAGAUAAGUCAGUGGAAAGAAAGGGGCUUGGGGAACCUAAAAAUUCUCAAAAAUGAAGUCAAUGGCAAACUAAGAAUGCUGAUGCGCAGAGAACAAGUACUAAAAGUUUGUGCCAAUCAUUGGAUAACCACUACAAUGAAUCUGAAACCUCUCUCAGGAUCAGAUAGAGCGUGGAUGUGGCUAGCUAGUGAUUUCUCAGAUGGCGAUGCCAAACUGGAGCAGUUGGCUGCAAAAUUUAAAACACCAGAGCUAGCGGAAGAAUUCAAGCAGAAAUUUGAGGAGUGUCAGCGACUCUUACUAGAUAUUCCACUUCAAACUCCGCAUAAACUUGUAGAUACUGGUAGAGCUGCUAAGUUAAUACAGAGAGCUGAGGAAAUGAAGAGUGGACUAAAAGAUUUCAAAACAUUUUUGACAAAUGAUCAAGUAAAGGUCACUGAGGAAGAGAAUACAAGUUCAGGUGCAGAUGCUUCCAGUGCUUCAGACGCAAUAGUCAAGCAAAGUACUGAGAACACUGGGCCCACCUUAGAAUGGGAUAAUUAUGACUUAAGGGAAGAUGCUUUGGAUGACAGUGUAAGCAGUAGCUCAGUACAUGCUUCUCCAUUGGCAAGCAGCCCUGUGAGAAAAAACCUCUUCCGCUUUGGUGAGUCAACUACGGGAUUUAACUUUAGCUUUAAAUCUGCUUUGAGUCCAUCUAAAUCUCCUGCCAAAUUGAACCAGAGUGGAACCUCAGUUGGCACAGAUGAAGAAUCUGAUGUUACUCAAGAAGAAGAGAGAGAUGGACAGUACUUUGAACCUGUUGUACCUUUACCUGAUCUAGUUGAAGUAUCCAGUGGUGAGGAAAAUGAGCAAGUUGUUUUUAGUCAUAGAGCAAAACUCUAUAGAUACGAUAAAGAUGUUGGUCAAUGGAAAGAAAGAGGCAUUGGUGAUAUAAAGAUCUUACAGAAUUACGAUAAUAAGCAGGUUCGCAUAGUGAUGAGAAGAGACCAGGUAUUAAAACUUUGUGCCAAUCACAGAAUAACUCCAGACAUGACUUUGCAAAAUAUGAAAGGGACAGAAAGAGUGUGGGUGUGGACCGCAUGUGAUUUUGCAGAUGGAGAAAGGAAAGUAGAACAUUUAGCUGUUCGUUUUAAACUACAGGACAUUGCAGACUCAUUUAAGAAAAUUUUUGAUGAAGCAAAAACAGCCCAAGAAAAAGAUUCUUUGAUAACACCAUAUGUUUCUCACUUGAACGCUCCUAGAGAGUCACCAUGUGGCAAAAUUGCUGUAGCUGUAUUAGAAGAAACUACAAGAGAGAGGACAGAUGUAAUUCAGAGUGAUGAUGUAGUAGAUUCAGCUUCAGAAGCUGGAGAAGCACCUAGCACUUCUGAAACACCACCAAAAGCAGUGGUUUCUCCUCCAAAGUUUGUAUUUGGCUCAGAGUCUGUUAAAAGCAUUUUUAGUAGUGAAAAAUCAAAACCAUUUGCAUUUGGCAACAGUUCAGCCACUGGAUCUUUGUUUGGAUUUAGUUUUAAUGCACCUUUGAAAAGUAGCAGUAGUGAAAUGACUUCAGUAGCCAAGAGUGGAUCUGAAAAAGUGGAACCUAAGAAAUGCGAUCUGCCGCAGAAAUCUGAUACCAAACAAUCUUCAGAUGGCAAAGUCAAAAACUUUGUUUCUUUUCCAAAGGAGGAAUCUUCAAGUAGUUACACAUUUAAAACACCAGAAAAGGCAAAAGAGAAAAGUGAACCUGAAGAACCCCUCUCAGAUGAUGAUGUUAUAAUUGUUUAUGAACUGACUCCGACUCCCGAGCAAAAAGCCCUUGCAACCAGACUUCAACUUCCUCCAACUUUCUUCUGCUAUCAGAACAUGCCAGAUUAUGUUAGUGAAGAAGAAGAGGAUGAUGAAGAUUUUGAAAUGGCUGUCAGAAAACUUAACGGAAAACUUUAUUUGGAUGAUUCAGAAAAAUGUAGAUCACUGGAUGAAAAUCUAGCAGAUAAUGAGAAAGAAUGUGUUAUUGUUUGGGAAAAGAAGCCAACCAUUGAAGAGAAGGCAAAAGCAGAUACAUUAAAACUUCCACCUACAUUUUUCUGUGGCCUCUGCAGUGAUACUGAUGAGGACAAUGGAAAUGGAGAGGAUUUUCAGUUGGAGCUUGAAAGAGUUCACAAAGCUCAGAAAUCCCUGAGUGAGAAAGUAACUGAUGCAGCUGGUAAUGAACAUACAGGUGGAACUGAAGUUAUAACACCUUUUAUCUGUAAGUCUGAAGAACCAAGUGCUCCCACCAAACAUGUUAGCUCAUCUUUUUCUGGGAUUGUGGACAAGCCUGUAGAUUUGACUACCAGAAAAGAAACUGAUGCAGAACCCCCAAAUCAAGGGGAAAGUAAGACGGUUUUAUUUGGAUUUGGAAGUAGUACAGGGCUAUCAUUUGCCGACUUGGCUUCCAGUAAUUCUGGGGAUUUUGCUUUUGGUUCUAAAGAUAAAAAUUUCCAGUGGGCAAAUACUGGAGCAACUGUGUUUGGAACACAGUCAACAAAUAAGGAUGGUGAAGAUGAAGAUGGCAGCGAUGAAGAAGUUGUUCAUAAUGAAGAUAUCCAUUUUGAACCAAUAGUCUCACUACCAGAGGUCGAAGUAAAAUCUGGAGAAGAAGAUGAAGAAAUUUUAUUCAAAGAGAGAGCCAAACUUUAUAGAUGGGAUCGAGAUGUCAAUCAGUGGAAGGAACGAGGAAUUGGAGAUAUAAAGAUUCUUUGGCAUACAAUAAAGAAUUAUUACCGGAUUCUGAUGCGAAGAGACCAGGUCUUUAAAGUGUGUGCAAACCAUGUUAUUACCAAAACAAUGGAAUUAAAACCCUUAAAUGUUUCAAAUAAUGCUUUGGUUUGGACUGCUUCAGAUUAUGCUGAUGGAGAAGCAAAGGUAGAACAACUUGCAGUGAGAUUUAAAACAAAGGAGAUGGCUGAGUGUUUUAAGAGAAAAUUUGAAGAGUGUCAGCAGAAUUUAUACAAACUCCAGAAUGGACAGGUGUCACUCACAGCUGAAUUAUCAAAAGAGACCAAUCCUGUGGUGUUUUUUGAUGUUUGUGUGGAUAGUGAACCACUGGGACGUAUAACCAUGGAAUUAUUUUCAAAUAUUGUCCCUCUAACUGCUGAGAACUUCAGAGCACUAUGCACUGGAGAGAAGGGCUUUGGUUUCAAGAACUCUAUUUUUCACCGAGUAAUUCCAGAUUUUGUUUGCCAAGGGGGUGAUAUCACCAAACAUGAUGGAACAGGAGGACAGUCCAUUUAUGGAGAUAAAUUUGAAGAUGAAAACUUUGAUGUGAAACAUACCGGCCCUGGAUUACUAUCCAUGGCCAAUCGUGGUCGAGAUACCAAUAGUUCUCAAUUUUUUAUAACCCUGAAGAAAGCAGAACAUUUGGACUUUAAGCAUGUGGUAUUUGGGUUUGUUAAGGAUGGCAUGGAUACUGUGAGAAAGAUUGAAUCAUUUGGUUCUCCCAAAGGGUCUGUUAGUCGAAGAAUUAGUAUUACAGAAUGUGGACAGCUAUAAAAUAAUUUUUUUAUAGUGAACUUUAUCGGUGUAUGCAGUUGAAUUGAUGCUUAAUUGUUACAAUAUGGUAAUGAUGUUCACCUUUUGAAAAUGGUCGUUUCCAAUGUAUAAAUGUAAAAUUGCAGCUUAUAGCUGUUGUCACUUUUUAAUGUGUAAUAAUUGAUCUUGCAUGGUGUGAAAUAAAAGUUUAAACACUGGUGUAUUUCAGGUGUACUUGUGUUUAUGUACUCCUGACAUAUCUGUAUUAGAAUGGAUAAUACUAAUUUUGUUAAAAGCAAUAGGCCUUUCCAGACUAUUGAAGGAAUAUGAUAUAUGCAAUUUUAUUUUAAUUCCUGUUAAGAUAUUUGGACUUCCUGCAUGGGUAUAUUUACCAUUUGAAUAAGGGGACCAUAACUUGGAUAAUUUUAUUUUAAUCUGAAAUAUAUAUGAUAAUCUUAACUAUUUGUGUGCUCAUUUAUGUAUAGAGACUCAUUUAUGAAUGGAUAGAGCCACAGAAGGUAGAGAGUUAACCAAAGUGCUCUUCUGUAAUUUUUAUGCUCCUGUAUAGUUGAAAAUUAACUUUUAAGUAGAACACUGUUUUUUCUUAAGAUAUGUAGCUUCCUGUGCCCUUUUGAAAGAAUCAUUUUUUACAUUUCAGAUAAGUCGAUCAUCUCCCUAGCUAGCUUUUCCCUUUUCUCUCCUUCUCCCCCUCUUUCUGUUAUCUGUCUCUACUACCUCAGAAACUUCAGCUUGGUCCUGAUGAUAGAGUUAAACUUUUCUCUAGUUAUUGUGAUAAAGUAUGAAUAUUUUUAAAGGUCUAUACCAUGUUCUUUGGUUAAAGAUUUGCUUUAUAUUAGAUUGUUGCAGUACCUUUUUCUGGUGAAUUUUGUAGCAGAAAUAAAGUGAUAAUUGAUAACAGCCAUGACAUUUAAAAAAUUCA